AGCCCAGAUUUCAGUCUGCCUAAAACCGUAGCACCAGCCGUUCAGUUUUCAGGCUGAAAAUAUUUCAGUUUCAAAAAUUUCUCUCACAUAUAUGAUAUAUUCUAGUUCAGUACUUCGCGAUUUAUAUUUCAUUAAAUAUAUACUCGAUUUGAGGCAUAUAGUAAUUUGUUUUUCAACUAAAAAUAUAUCUUACAAGUAGUUCUUUGUGGGAGCUGUUGUAAAGAACUUUAUAGAAAAUAGAGUAAAAAUGUCAAAGCUGAGUUUGGACGGCUUUUUUUCCUACUGCAAGCAAAUAGCAGAACAUAUACAAUUGGGGGAGAGAAUGGCGUCGCUAUCCGGGCAGGGCACUCCGAAGCUUACCUCAUCCGUCGGCAACCUGUACUAUGACUCGAUCCUCCCAUACCGCGAGGACGCGCAGCCUCAGACGCGGGAGUUCCUGGCCAGGGUCGUGGAUGUACUGCUGGACUUCAUCCACCAGGUCAACGAUAGGAAUGAGAAGAUCCUGGAGUUCCGCAUGCCGGAGGAGAUGAGCAAGAUGUGCGACUUCCAGCUGCACGACGAGCCGCUGCCGCUGAAGCAGCUGCUGGAAGACUGCAAGCUGGCGCUCAAGUACCAGGUCAAAACUGGCCACCCCCACUUCUUCAACCAGCUAUCCUGCGGGCUGGACAUCAUCUCGCUGGCGGGCGAGUGGCUGACGGCGGCCGCCAACACCAACAUGUUCACGUACGAGAUCGCGCCCGUCUUCAUCCUCAUGGAGAAUGUGGUGCUGGAGAAGAUGCGGAACAUGAUCGGAUGGAGGACCGGAGACUCUAUUCUCGCUCCUGGCGGUUCCAUCUCGAACCUGUACGCGUUCCUGGCGGCGCGCCACCACAAGUUCCCGCAGUACAAGGAGAAGGGGCUCUCCAGCAUCCCCGGACACCUCGUCAUGUUCACCUCCGACCAGUGCCACUACUCCGUGAAGUCGUGUGCGUCGGUGUGCGGUCUCGGCACGGACUAUUGCAUCUGUGUGCCCUCCGAUGAGCGCGGGCGCAUGAUACCCACCGAGCUGGAGAGGCUUGUCAAGUACCACAAGGAUAGGGGCAAUGUUCCAUUCUUCGUGAACGCGACGUCAGGCACCACGGUGCUGGGUGCGUUCGACCCGCUCGAGGAGAUCGCCGACAUCUGCCAGAAGUACGACAUGUGGAUGCAUGUUGAUGCUGCGUGGGGCGGCGGUCUGCUGUUCUCCAAGAAGUACCGCCAUCCUCGUCUCACUGGCGUCGAGAGGGCUGACUCCGUGACGUGGAACCCUCACAAGCUGAUGGGCACGCUGCUGCAGUGCUCCACCGUGCACUUCAAGUACGAGGGCAUCCUGCUGAACUGCAACGCCAUGUCGGCCGAGUACCUGUUCAUGACGGACAAGAUCUACGACCCCAAGUACGACACGGGCGACAAGGUGAUCCAGUGCGGGCGACACAACGACAUCUUCAAGCUGUGGCUGCAGUGGCGCGGCAAGGGCACAUCAGGCUUCGAGCGCCACAUGGACCGUCUGAUGGAGCUGGCCGAGUACCAGGUGCGGCGCAUCAAGGAGCAGCCCGACAAGUUCCACCUCAUCCUGGAGCCCGAGAUGGUGAACGUCUCCUUCUGGUACCUGCCCAAGCAGCUGCGCGGCCUGCCGCAUGAUGCGCACAAGGAGAUCAAGCUGGGCAAGGUAUGCGCCAAGCUCAAGGGCAAAAUGAUGCAGUCCGGUACCUUGAUGGUGGGCUACCAGCCCGACGACCGCCGUCCCAACUUCUUCCGCAGCAUCAUAUCCUCAGCAGCCGUCACCGAGAAAGACGUCGAUUUCAUGCUCUCAGAAAUGGAUCGUCUAGGCCAAGACAUCGUUGUUGACUAAAAGCUUUAAAUCUAAACGUAUUUUGGUUUUACGGCGGAGACUUACCUUCAUUUUGUGUCACAUGUUAAAACUGAUUGAAUGAGAGAUUUUGGUAACUGAAUGAAAUGUAGUUAGCUAAUGGUUAACCAGUUUUGAGUCUUAUAAGCAAAGGUAUUGAGUGGAAAAUGGUCUACCGUGGAUGUUGGAGCGUACAUGUGACGUGUCUAAUUAUCUCUGUGUCUAGAUAUCCCUUACAUCACACUGAAGUGUGGUGUGUUUGCGAAGCGUCUCUCCGCCGAUACCAAAAUUAUAACCAUGAAUUAAUAUUAUAUGUUACGUACAUGUAUCGAAUGAUAUAGUAAUUUAUUUGUCUAGGUGUUAUCUGCUGUAAAAACGCAUAGCUGCAUUAGGUGUGCAUUGGAGACUGGACAGAAUUUUCACUCAUAACUCAACACGCUUCACUAACGCCAUCUAUUGAGGAGUAGCUCAACUAAGUUUCAUGUAAUUUUACUAAAAUUGAAUAUUUUACUGUCGAUUUGAACGUUUUACUAGACAAUGGAAUUGAUUGGUUUUUGAAUGGAUUUUUAUAUUAGCCGAAUGUGUCUUGUUCGUUCGAAUAAGGAAAUUUUAAAUUCUUAGCUAAUUUUAGAAACGUUUAGGAAUACAUUCGGUAAUAUUAUUUGAUUAGCAACUCGACAUGUUUUGGAGUGUCGUUGUAGAGUAUUUUAGUAAAAUCAACAACGACAUUUAUUUAAUUUUAAUGUAAAAUAGCGAUACCCCGCUUCUCUGACCAGUCCUCAACUUGAUGUGUAUUGACAUUGUUCGAGUUAAUAAAUUAGAAUAAUUCAGCAACAUUAAAUAGCGACAUUGUCUUGAUAUUUACAACAUUGUAUCGAUGUAUUUAAGAAUUCACACGAAAUCUCUUCACCUCCUUCUUCUAGCGGUCCACUGUAUCCAAACAACUUAAUUCUAACUUAGAAUGUUAUAUAAGAGAGUCUCAAGCCGUCUCUUCGUUAUAAAUUAUUAAAGAAUAUAUUUAUUGAAUAUUGUUGGUUCUCUUCCCAUAUAAAUAUAUAUAUGAUAUAUAAUAUUUUGACGUUAAUAUGUUGACAAUGAAAAUAAAUUUUCGAUUAAAAUAUUGUUAGACGAUAAAGUAUUAUGAUAUAGGAGGUAUAUAAUAUUAAAGUGGUGUUAAGCUCAAUAUGUCGUGUUGGCCAGAUGUAUGUGUAGUUGUUUCGGUUGACUGUUUAUUGGUAAUGUUGUUGAACUUGAAAAAAAAUAUUAUUAUAUUAUUGUAGUAGAUAUAUGUUUAUGUCUGUGAGUGUGUACGAGUGAUGCACGGUGCGUGGUGAAUGAGUGAUCUCUAGUUAUUAUAGUUUGGAACGAAUAAUCCCUAUUUAUGUACUUAAUAAGAGAUUAAAUGUAAAUAAAUAGACAUCGAUCGUUGACUUGAAAGUAUUUGUAAAACAUCAGCUUCGUGUGUCGGUAAACUGCCCACCAUUUAUAUGUAAGAUCGUCCAACAGACAGGAUUCAAAGAUCGAUAGCUAUACAUUGAAAUAUGAGAGUGUUUUAUGUCGAGAGCUAGGAAAUUAUAUUUUGCAAACUAUUUAUCUAUUUAGACAAAUUAAAACGCGUAGCGUACGAAGUGAAUGAUACGUUUGUUUAGGAUAAAAUAUCAAAAACUGUUAUUUUAUAUCAUUCACUCUGUAUAAACAUGUAUGUUAAGUAUAAAUAUAUAUUUAUUGAUGUCAAAAUCACGUUAUAUACAAGACAUAUCUCCCGUUUUGCCAAUUAAAAGAGUAUUGUUAAAUUUUAUAUGUUGUAAAGCGCAUUGUAGUACUACAGCUUUUCGGUGCUUGUUGAAAAUAAUAAAAUAUUUUUCUUUACAGCCAAAGGCACGUCUCGGAGACAUUUAAAUUAAAAUAAAAAAUACUUUAAUAAAAUUGGUAGCGCCAUCUGUUGCUGUAUAGUUAAACUAAUAGUUUUAAUUUCCAGCAAGAGAUGGCGGUAUAUUAAAUAAUGAUAAGAUGGAUGAUUUCAUGUGUAACAACGCAAUAAAUUAUGAAUUUUCUUUUUAUCAGUGUUGUAGAACUGUGUCUCGAUGUUUAGAUGUAAGUUUAGAAUAAUUAGUUAAACUGUUUUAUUCAUUGUUGAGUUUUUCUAUUUAAGCACAUUUCCUAGUGUAUUCUAUGUAUUAAAAAUUAAUUUAUUUCUCAUUUCUGAAUUAUACAACGCAUAAGAUAGUUUCUGUUUUCUCUUAAUGCUUACUGAUAGUCACUUAUUUCAUAUUACUUAUUUUGUUAUUGUUAUUUUUGAGUUGUGUAAACUAAUUAUAAGAUAAGAAUGUACAUAUACGAAAAAAUACGAUGUGACGAUGACAAUAGAAACAGUAGAAUAAUUUGUGAGGGAGAAAAAUUAUCUCCGUUUGAGUGUGUGAGAGGAUGAGUGAGUGAGAAUGAGAGUGAUGAGUGAUGUCUUAAUAUAAGAUAGAGAAUAGUACUUUGGCUUUUGUUUCGUGUUAGCAUUCUAGCGAUCAAUAGCAGAUUGUGAAAAAUUAUAAUAUGUAUUUAGUUCUAAAUUGAAACGGCACUAUCAGUCAAAUUAAUAAAUUAAUACGUGUAAAUAUGUAGCGCGGUUACUGCUAAUUAGUUUAGCUACGUGCUUCGUUUUAAAAAUUCCGUCAAGUGACAUUCUUGCUCUUUCUUCUAUCCGAUAACAGAUGGCAGUGCGCUAGCGGUGUAGUUUACUUUCUCGAUCCAUAGAUGUCACUAUAACAAAAAAAUCUAAGUGCUUCCAUUUUGCGUAGUUUGUAAGUAAAUAUAAAAUAAGGGAAAUAUAUUUUCAAUGUCAAAAUACUAAAUAUUGAUUAUAGUUUCAAAGUCUUCCAAAAUGUCUUCCAUUUAUUGAAUGUUUGUUGAUUUAAUUUGGAAUAUAAUAUGGAUAUAUAGACGUAUGUAUCGUAUUAGAUAUAUAAAUUAGUGUUUCGAAAGGUUUAGCAUUUAGAGGCAAUAUACUGUUCACUUUUUGAUCACUUAUAAUGUGAGACAAGAUUAGUAAAACUAUCCUAAUAUUGUUGCUAUAUGUAAAAAUCUGUAUAACCAAAUAAAUGGUAUUGUUGUUAGUU